UGCAAGGAGAUUUAAUAUGGACGACUGUUGAAAGAAAAAUAACAAAUACAACUUAUUUGAACUCAUUUUAUCAAAUCAUAUUUCCCAGUUAUGGGUUUAUCAAGAGAAGAGGCAUACGAGAUACUAGAGCUACCAGUUGGUGUUGACCAGGACUCGAUCCGUACAAGCUACAAGCGUCUUGCACUCAAGUGGCACCCAGACAAACACAAGGACUCGCAGGAAGCUCUCACGAAGUUCAAACUGGUCAGCAAGAGUUAUAAAAGGCUGACAACAACUGAAAACACCGACACCAUGACACUGGAUAACAUGCUGUCACUUUUCAAGGAGGUUUUCUUUUCCCGCCAAGUCAAUUCGUUCAACGGGUCCGGGUACGACUCAUCAGAUGACGACGAUGAUGAUGAUGAAGAAGACCUGGAGGAAGACGUGAAAUACUCUAACCUGUUUCCGGACAAAAUAAAGCUGAAACAGGACUGGAAGAAAGCCAGAGACGAAGGGGAUAUCACAGGCAAACAGCUCUCUGCAGAGGAGAUCAGCCGGAAUGCUGAGGAGUUGAUUACGGAGGAGGAGAAGGAGAAGAGAAAAGCAGAAAAACGACGCGCAAAGAAAAAGAGACGGAGAGACAAAAAGAAACAAGAAAAACAGGAAAAUCCUUCAACAGAACUUAUGGAAGAAAAGAAAUCUCAGAAACAGAAAUCUAAAGAUGGUGAGCAGUCCACUGACAGAAGUAAAAAAACUGAUGCAAAAGGCGAUGCUUCUACCUCUUCCGAUGAAGCUAGCUUUGACCCCAACUCCGCUUUCUUCACGAAAGUUGUGAACAAGAAGAAAAAGGAUCCUAGGGUCCCCGACUCCAGCUCGGGACGCGGCAAGAAGGACAAGAGUGAUGAGGAGACGGAAGACCUUGACCCCAAAACUCUGCGCUCAAGACAACUAGCAAUCAAAGGCAAUGAGAUGGCCCACCUAGGACACUAUAACGCUGCAAUAGAGCUCUUCAGUGAAGCCAUUAAACUAGACCCAAAGGAUUUUAGAUUUUUCGGAAAUAGAUCUUAUUGUUAUGACCGAAUACAACAAUAUGAAAAAGCCUUAAAAGAUGCUGAAAAAGCAAUCUCAUUAGCAAAAGAUUGGCCGAAAGGUUAUUUCCGACAAGGAAGGGCAUUAGCUGGUUUAAAAAUGUUUCCUGAUGCUGAGCAAGCGUUUUCUCAAGUGCUAAAACUAGAUAAAAAUUGUGAAGACGCUGUUCAAGAACUGUUACGAGUUAGAACACAUCAAAUAAUGGAAAUGGGUUUUACUCGUCCGCAAGCGGAAGCAGCAAUAAAAAGAUAUGGAACCGUGCAGGCCGCCUUAGACUCUUUAUUAGCCGGUGUUGCAGAGAAUUCGUUAUCAGUGGACCGAGAAGUGUAUGUAUCGGACGAUGAUGAUUCUUUUACUCCCGCUGCCAACUCUCGAACACAAGGGGCAUCAGACACUAAAAUGGAUCCCAAAAAUCCUGAGGGUUUAACAGCACUCUGGGUUGGAAAUGUCUUACCUGAUGUUACAGAAAAAAAGCUUCAACAAAUGUUUUCUAGAUUUGGUCCUGUAAAAAGUGUACGCUGUUUACCAGAAAAAUACUGUGCGUUUGUAAAUUUUGCAAGUAAAGAAGCGGCAGGAAAAGCCAUGGUGGGAUGUCAGGGCGUGGAAUGUAAUGGCCAGCGGCUGUUGAUAAAGUUUCCCGACCAUCCUAUUACAAACGGCAAUGAUCAUGGGACUAUAACACUAAGAAAAAACCAAAGCAAUAUAAACAAAAGUAAUGGGACAAUCACUAUAGGUUCGGCAGUAAAAUCUGGAGCCGCAGACAAAACCAAAGGUCCGGUAAAUGGAAACGAGUGUUAUUUCUGGAGAACCACAGGUUGCACGUACGGAGAUAAGUGUCGGAACUUGCAUAUACCUUCACAUCGCGGGCUAGAUAAAAAACCAUGGCAGAAAGAUUAAAUUUAUCCAUGUAGCUCUUCGUAGAUCGAGUUUUUACCGAUAUCUUCUCUGAGAAUCCAGUCUUGACCAGCAUCGUUCAUCUCGGCUCUUCACCGGCUCCUGAGAGUAUCAACCAUCAAAAGAAGUUACAGAAGCAUGCAACGUGACCUGUGUUUAUUAUUUUAUUUAUAAAAAACAUGAUUAUAUGAUUCUGAAAUUUUCAACUCAUUUUUAUUGUGUAUCAUCUCAUGGGAUGAGUUUUAAAUAAUGCUAGUAAAAAGUGCCUGCGUUUGAAUAUACCAUGACCUGAUUUCCAUUUAUAUAAAAAGUGAGUGUGUUUAUGUGAAAUAUGAAGAAAUUAACAGAGAACAUACUGUUAGUUUUGCUCUUUUAAUUCAAUAUCAUGGAAAAACAUUUUUUUAAUGAAUGUGCUACAAAAUGAAUGGUGCCCGGAACAUAUGUGUAGAUGGGUAAAUAGCUCAAUGUUUAAAUGUGAAAAAAUCGAUGUACAGGACUGUGUUUUAUGAGGAGGUGUUAUAUGCUUGAAAUUAAUAAUUUGGUAAAAGGUUAUGUGAAGAAAAAAUAUAAAUGAACAAUAUCAUAAGAAAAUAGGAGAAAAUAUCAACAGUGGUAUUAUGCGAAUACUAGGCUUCAGUUCAUACAGAUUUCUGUGAAAUUCUGUCAAAUCAUGCGUCAUUUGAAGGGGCAUUAUCAAACAUCCUUCUCUAUCACAUUCCCUCAGUUUCCACAAAUAGCAAACAUGGUAUCUGGCAUGGCCUGUUUAAAUUGUUACAGGUGGUAUUUUUCCUCUUUAUUCAUUUUUGAAACAAAAUGAAAUUAGCUUAAUACAUUGGUCUGAUCAAGAUAAAAGUUCAUCAAAUAGUUCAUAGAAUUUGUUGACUUGUAGAAACUGAUGACUGUUUCAUCUGUUUCCUUUAGCAUCUCUAAAAGUAAAAAGGACACUAUCCCUUUUUAGCUCGGCUAUUCAAAGAAUAAGGAGAGCUAUACUACUCAACCAUCCAACCUACUUAACUUACCAAGUUAGAUAAAUCUAGUUUGCAUUAAUGCAAAAAAUUGCCCUUUAUUAUUUGACUCAGAAUUUCUGGUUAAAGUUUUGCAUGUAAGCACACAUAGGUUAAUAUCUCAGCAACUACUGGAUGAAUUGCAUUGAGACUUUAUAAAAUGGUACUCAGCCAUCCAAUCUACUUAAAUAACCAAGUAAGAUAACUCUAGUUUGCAUUAAAUUCAAAUAAUGGUCCCUUUUUUAUUCAACAUAGAAAUUCUGGUUAAGGUUUUGCAUGUAACCACUGUUAAGUCAAUGCUUCAGCAAAUAUAUCAUGUAUUGCAUUGAAACUUUACACACAGGCUCACAACCAUAUAACUUCUUAUUUAAUCAAGUAAGAUAACUCUAUCUUUCAUAUUAUAUAAUUUUUGUCCCUUUAUUAUGCGACUUAAAAAUUUUGGUUAAGGUCUUGCAUGUUAGCACACAUAGGAUAAUUUCUCAGCAACUACUUGAUGUAUUGCAUUGAGACUUUAUACAAUGGUAUUGAAAAGCAGCGGAAUAGUCGAGCGUGCUGUCUCUGUGACAGCUCUUGUUAGUAUCUCUUAUACAAUAUAAAGGAGCCAUGGUCGUUUAACAUUUGACAUCAGUAUUGAUACAUUGGGUGGUAGUUUUGUCUUCGGUGAGAAGUAUUCCCUCCACAUCAUACCAUCAUGUAAAUGUGCUAAAACCAUCAAUGCUUACUUGAACAUGCUCAAAACUUACACUUCAACAGGCUGAGACUUACAAGCAAACAACUGUUUUCGGAGAAAAAUAAUUUAAAUAAUGAUAGCUGAAAUUUCCCUUUGGCUGGCAGCCAGGGGGCUGUCUGAGGAAAAAUCCUAGAAAAGAUUUCGAACAAAGAGAUUUUUAAAAGUAGUGUUGCACCGAUAACAGUCCUCUCCUAGGCGUUAUUAAAAUCACCUCUAGGGCUAGGUUUCUCGACGAAACCCCUGUAAUUUUUCCAUGAAAAUUUACAAUUGGCCAACAAAGUGCUUUCUUUGGCAUAAUGAAUGCAAUGUUAGUUCUGUGGAAAAAUUGCGAUCUGAUCAACAAUCAUCUUAUCAGCAAUCAUCUUAUCAGCAAUCCUAUCUCACUGUUUUUAAAAUAUGUCCGCACAAUUUAGCUCAUUCUAAGACAAAAAAAAAAAAAUUGUCAAAAUGGUAAAUUUGUGAGAGCUUGAACACUUUGUCAUGGUGAACUGACUGAACAUGUUGAACUCACUGCCUAUUAUGUUUUUGCAAUCCACAAAAUACUUUAUUCAAUCAAAUACAGUAUUAUAACCAUAUACAUUUCCAGUCAAUAGAAUUUCCGAUCAGUUUUAAUACGUUAAGAAUUGCAGUUGCACAUAUUAACAGACAUGAUUUGGUUUCUGGUUGUCUUGAACCUUUUUAUAAACUUAGACUGAACAUGUUUGCUUUAUUUUUGCUUUGAUCUAAAUUGAAUGAUUACAUUUAAUAAACUGAGAAUUUAUUGUAUAUUUUCAUGUCACAUUACUUCAAAUGUUUUUGGAGAAAUUUGUCCAUUGAUAAACAUAAGUGCAAGUAAGGGUGAUUAUAACAGAUCAUUUUAACAAUAUCAUAUCAAUAUCAGGUUUAUGACAUUCGUCAAGAUAAUUUUCUUUUUAAUGGUGAUGUUUUCAUCCAAUAUAAGCAUGCACACAUUUUAAUUCAUUAUGAUUACAUGUUGCUGGAAAUACUUGUUACCAUGAAAACAUUGAGAAUCUCAUUUUAGAGUAUGGGAAAUGUUUGUGUUUAUUUUUCUGAUAAAAUUAAAUUUGUUAAGUGAUACUUUAAUUGUUGAUUAGAGUAAUGUUUGCACAAAUUGAGGACCAAGUUAUUGUUGUUUUGUUUGCAAUAAAUCAAUGAUGCAGGUUUUUGUGCCACCUGCCAAGCAUGUCUGGCAUAUAGGGAUUACUUUGUUUAGUGUCAGCGAUUGUGGCAUCAUGUCUCGAGUCAAUAAAUUCUGAAUGACUGCUUUAAGUAUUCAAACUCUAUUUGCAUGUUGGUCAGUGGAUGAUCCCUAUUUUGAUGUCAAGGUCAAGGUGCUCCCAAUGGGGCGACACAUCCAAUUCACAGAAUUCUAGUGCUUAUGUGUACUGCUGAUAUAAUAAAACGAUGAUAAUUGACACAAGUACCAAUAUUUCUGGAAAAUUGCCUAAAAUUGACUAUCAAAUGCUUAUCAUGUUCCAGUUCUUAGGUUAAGUCUCUGGACGUAGACUUGCUAUGAAGUAGCCUGAAAGGAGGGCAAUCUACUUAUAUUGACCCAUACUCAAGGGCGUUCAGUAUGCAUUAUAAAAUCAGCAGAGUGAUAAGUCAUCAAGCAAUACGGUUAGUUUUAUUUGUAAAUUUGUGAUCAUAUGUUAUGUGAUAAAAUUUGCGUGUAUGAUUUAUUUUUCUCUAGUGUUUGUCGAAACAAAUCUAUAUAUUUACCACAGUUUUAUAAAAUUACCAAGUGUGGUUGUAACUCUUUUACAGCUUGUUUUUCAAAUAAAACAAGUCGAGGUUAUGUGAUAGCCUUAGUUUGGGCGGUGGUGUCAGAUUUUUUUUAGCUUUGGCCUUAACUUUCAUUCUGUUCAAGAUAUUGAAAUGAAACUUGGCUCACAGGUUGCUAGAGACAAUAUGCACAUGUACAGGAAGGCCAAUAACUCUGACCGUAAUGAUUGUUGGGUUAUGCCCCUUUUUUAACUUAAAAACAAAAGAGCAUUGUUAAUAUGUGAAAAAAUGAUAUCAUGUAUGACAACUUGAACCCCAGUAACAUAUACUAGGCAGUUAGCUUAAGGUAAUGUUAAUAAGGAUAAACUUUAUGUCAUGUGUUUCCUUGUCUAUUUAGCAAAGUUAGAAGUGAUGCAUAUAGUGAAAUACUAUUAGCAUAGCUAUGUGCUUAUUAUGAACAUUGUAUAUCAUAAAUUUUAUUAUCAUACAUACUGUUCUAUACACUUAUAGAAAUAAAAUUUGGUGGACUACUUACUGGCUUUAUUUAAUGGCUAUAAUUUGGAUGAUAUUUACUCAGGUCAAAACUAGUCUCUUUGUAGCAGUAGCAUAGAAUAAAAACAUUUGACACAAGUAAAAUGUACACUGUGAGAAGAGGCAAUUAUCAAAUAUUUCAUAAGUUUAGCACUUCUGGUGUUGUUUUUAUAUGGCUUUGAUAUCAUCAGUGUUUUGCUAAAAUAUUUACUGUCGCUUCAACUUAAAAAUAAUUUAGUCAAGAAUUGAGAGAUUUAUAUGAUGUUUGUUGCCAGAGAGAAGACACAUGACUUGUGUAACAAGGCCUAAAACUCUGGCUUAAUUCUUCUUUUAAUUUAAUCAUAUUUUAUUGUAUGAUGAUACAUUUACACAUUCAAUGAUAAAGGACACAACAAAGAAAGAGUGCAACGUAACAUGCAAAUAAAUAGGGCCACAAUUUUUUCCAAUAUCAGUUAUGGCCCUUUUCCUGCUGAUAAUAGUUAAAGGUAUUCUUUAAACAAUAUCUUGUAUAAUCAUAAUAAUAAACUAGGUUUAGGACACCAACUGCCUACUUAAAAAUGACAUCUUACAGCAAAUCGUGCAGCUUUGCUCUGGGAUUGGGCCACAAGUUUUUCCAGUGUCAGUUACAGCCCUUACCAAGAAUUAUUAAAUUAUUCCCCUUGAUAGAAUGGGAACAAAUGGACAACUGUUGCCGCACUCUUGUUCACAUCAUAAUUCUGUUCAUUCGGAACUCCUCAGCCAUUUUCUAUCGAGGAUAUAUGCCCAUACAUCUGUGGAAGUAGAUUGUAGAAUUUUAAAUAAUAGUAUUUAUUAAUUGUAGCGUUUUAACAUUUAUUUUGUAUAUAUCAGUUUAAAUUGAUAGUCACUGACGUGUAUGAUUCCAUAAAUAAUUAAGAUUCCCAUGAGUAAGGUCAUUAAAUUUAACUGCUAAAUUGAAAUUACAACGCAAUUUACUUGCAGCAUACUUAAAUAAUUAAAUGUAAAGAGUUCUGACAUUGUUGAUUUCGAUGGAAAAUGGUGUAGGAAUUCUGAAUGACUUUUUUCUUUUUAUGCACAAAUCUUUUGGAAGUAAGUUUUCAUUUCAGAUGAUACUGAUAGAUGAUCUUUGUAAUGUUCAUACAUGUUGAGGUGAUUUUGUUUCUCUUACUGAAGCUGCUAGAUAUUGUUCAAAUGUUGGAAUACAUUGUUCAUUAUUAAAUCUUGAUUUUGAAUUUUACUUUUAUCAUAUUAAUAAGAUGUUUAUAUUUUAAUAUUCAAACAAAAAUGGUAUUGUGUCCUUGGUAAAUUGGUUUUCAGUGUAUUGCCACUACAUUGUUGUAUAAAUAAAGCAUCAUUACAAAUACAAUUGUGUGAUAUAAAUACAAGGCAUAUAUUGAGUUUGAACUGGGUACUUUGACAAUUGAUGUUAUGAUUUUAUUGUGAAGAAUUAAAUAAGUGUGCGAUUCACACGCAGUGGAACCAAGUUUGUUUAUUUUAACCCCUUUUUUAACUAACAGUUUACCCUGUAUGCACUAUUCAUUUUACUUUUGAGCUUAAGUUAAAAGGGUUAAAAUGGAAUAGAAAACUUUAUUUAUUUUGAAAAAAAAGUUUUACCAUAUUUAGGGAGAUCACAUUUUACAUGAUUAAGACAAUUUAAAUUAUUACCACAGUCUUGGUUCUUCAGUAUGUGAAACACACCAUAAUUAAGAAAUCGGUCAUAUUUUGGAAGUAGGCUAUUCAAUUAUGAGUCUUUAAACAAAUAUUAAAAUGAAAUACAAUAAAGAUAAGAAAGAUUUGAAUAAAUGUAGCUUGUCAAGUCAUGUUUUGAAAUAUAGCAAUGUGUUAACAAUGUACAAAACAUUAUUUUUAAUAAUAAAGGGACUUGAUCACAUUUAAUAGUGUCAACAUUUCAUGUGAAUUUUUAACAACAUGCUUAUAACAGUGAUAAAAUGUCAUUAAAGGUUCAAAUUAGAGCUUAACUGUUAAUAAUGAUGUAUAAGUUUCACAGGAAAUGCUUACUUUGCCAAAAUUGUUAGUAAUGCUAGUGAAAAUUGAAUCACACAUACGCUUGGAAUUACAAACUUCUGAAUGAAUGUGCCCAUUGUUUGGUUCAUAAAAGUAUGUUUAAUAACUCAACAUCAACAAAUUGAAAAAAAAAAGAAAAAAGAAAAAGAACUAACAUUGCAAACAUACAAUCUGUGAUGAAGUCUCUUUAAGUAUGCUGUUGUCUUUGUAAAUGAAUCGGAAUACUAGAGUUGGUAUGUUAAACCAUAUGUUCUACUGUGAAUGUCAGAUUGAAGGUGUACAUAUUUAUUUUUAAGACAUGUUUUACAGUAAAACAUUUGAGCAUCAAA